AAAGGGCUUGAUAAUACCUUGGAAAGAAAAGAGGGGUUAUUUACACUAGACUACAUUACAGCAGCCAUAAUCGUCUGCUUGCCAGGAUUCCUAAAGCAAAAGCGAAAGAAAAGAAAGAAGAAAGGAGAAAGGAGGAAGAAGCUCGGCCUGGUGCGGGAAGAAAGAAAAAGGAUAGUAAAGAGGGAUUUAGCAAUUAAAGACGACGACGGGUUGUCUGUGCGGGAAAGGUUUAGGAGCGAUGAUCGAUGCACACUCUGAGAACUCCACAAACCUGAAGACGCUGAUGCAAUCGGGUCAGAUUUCCGGGAGCUUGAGCUUCAAUGGCGCCCUGACAAAAGAGGAGGAGGAGAUGUCCAAAUCUGCUCUCUCCACUUUCAAGGCUAAGGAGGAGGAGAUCGAGAAGAAGAAGAUGGAGGUCAAGGAGAGAGUGCAGGCGCAGCUCGGACGAAUCGAGGAAGAAACGAAGCGCUUGGCCACCAUUCGCGAGGAACUGGAAGCUCUGGCUGAUCCGAUGAAGAAAGAAGUCUCUGUUGUACGUAAGAAGAUCGAUGUGAUCAACAAGGAAUUAAAGCCUCUGGGACAGACUUGCCAGAAGAAGGAGAAAGAGUACAAAGAUGCCCUAGAAGCUUUCAAUGAGAAGAACAAAGAAAAAGUCCAGCUGAUCUCCAGAUUGAUGGAGCUGGUGGGUGAGAGCGAGACAAUGAGGCUGAAGAAACUGGAAGAGCUCAGCAAGAACAUAGAAACGAUACGUAUGGCCUAAAAAUUAUCCAAAUCUCGCCCACUUCUAAUUAGGAUCAUUAUCAUAUGUGUGUUGUAUUUAGCAAAGGGACUCAUUAUGUUAUAUCUAUAUAUAUAUAUAUGUGCGUGUCUGUGUGUUUUGUGUGUCUUUGGAUGAUGGAAGGGUUUCUAAUUUUAGGACAGGGGAUUCAUUCUCUAACCUCUUUCCUUAAAAACCAUAAACAUAUCUGUAACUAUAGUUUCUGUCACUCACUCACUUGUGCUGUUGAUUUGUUCCAGUUGUUUCUUCUUAUUUCUUGUACUGCCAAACUGUUGUAUCUUUUUCAUCUCUAUUGCUGGAAUUUAUUUAUGCAAGAAGCUGUGUGUUGCAAGUAA